AUGGGAUUUGGUUCUGGACAAGGCGAAGGUUUCCACUCUAGAAGAAUCCCAAUUGACCCAAGCUGUCGAAGAUGUGGUGACAUAAAGGAGAAGUUAGAUUACAUUCUGCUUAAUUGCCACUUUGCAAGGGCCAUCGGGUAUAUUUGGCGAGCGCGUAAUGACCAUGUCUUCGGCACAAAGGUUUGGAGCCCUCAAGAAGUCAUUUUGGUGGCAGAAAGUGCAUUUCAGGAAUUUCAAAAAGCGUCAGGGAAAGGGUUGCAGCACUCAGUGGGAACAACUACAAUUCCACCUCAGUCUUCACUUGAUUCUCAUUGGUUUCCUCCUCCAACGGGUUUUGUAAAGGUAUAUUGUGAUGCAGCUUUGAAGCAGGGUAGCUCAGAAGGAGGCAUUGGUUUGGUGUUCCCGACAGACGUGGGAACAACCUUACAUGCGUUAUCUGCUCCUCUUCACUUCACUACUACCCUCCAGGGUGAAGCUCUUGCUAUUAAAAUGGCUAUCUCUAAAGCAAUCAACUUGGGAAUCUUUAAUCCUAUCGUGGAGUAUGAUUGUAAAGGGGCAGUACAUUACCUCGAAGGAAUUCUCAGGCGGCCUCCUUUAGAAGAAGUUGUUGUCUUGGAUGAUGCUAAACGUCUAUGUAACUCUUUUAAUUCUGUUUUGUCCUCUUUUAUUCUACGGAAUCUGAAUGUUGUUGCAGAUACCUUGGCCAGGACUCAGGAGGGCUCUGUCUAUCAUAUAUAUGAUAGAUUGGCCCAUUUCCAUUUCUUGGCUCCAAGAUUUGUUUGGAGUUCAAGGCCCCUCACAUGA